AUGAGUUCUUCCCAAACGGGUGAUAAAUGCGAGGAGGGCGCUUCAAUGGAGGGCAUUCGCCCUUCAAGGACUUGGGCAUGGGUAAGCUUACGCCUUUUCCAUCUCCUCUUUGGGGCAGCCUCAUCUUCCUUAAGGGAAUUCUCAGACAUUGGAAGAGGAUUAAGAGAUAACUCCCCAGAAGCAGUGGUUGCGCUGGAUUCAACCGUCUGGCUACCAGAGGCUCCAUCGAAAGGGAUAGCCGCGGCGACGUUCUCCAAUGGGCUGCCGAAGAUCCAGACGCAGGGGAGGGAGAAACCAGAGAACGGGAUCUGCCAUGAUGACAGCGCGUCGCCGGUGAAGGCGAAGACCAUCGACGAACUGCACUCCUUGCAGAAGAAGAGGUCAGCGCCGACCACCCCCAUCAAGGACGGCGCGCAGCAAGGCAACGUUGCCUUCGCCACCAUCUCAGAGGAGGAGCGCCAGAAGCUCCAAUCCAUCAGGUGCAUCCAUACUACGCUUGAAGAAUUGGAGGAUUUCAGUACUCCGGACUUCACAAUUUACAAUGCUGGCCAGUUUCCAUGUAAUCGAUACACACACUACAUGACUACCUCCACCAGCAUUGAUCUUAAUCUUGAUAGGAAAGAAAUGGUCAUCCUUGGCACACAGUAUGCCGGGGAGAUGAAGAAGGGUUUGUUCGGUGUGAUGCACUAUCUAAUGCCUAAAAGAAACAUUCUCUCCCUGCACUCUAGCAACAAUAUGGGCAAAGAUGGUGAUGUUGCCCUCUUCUUUGGACUAUCAGGCACAGGGAAAACUACUCUGUCUACAGACCACAACAGGCUUCUUAUUGGCGAUGAUGAGCAUUGCUGGAGUGAAAAUGGUAUUUCAAAUAUUGAAGGAUGUUGCUAUGCAAAAUGUAUCGGCCUAACAAAGGAGAAGGAACCUGACAUUUGGAAUGCCAUCAAAUUUGGAACCGUGUUGGAAAACAUCGUUUUCGAUGAACACACUAGGGAAGUAGACUACUCUGAUAACUCUAUUAUAGAGAACACUCGAGCUUCAUAUCCAAUUGAGUAUAUUCCUAAUGUGAAGAUACCGUAUGUUAGUCCGCACCCUAAGAAUGUCAUCCUCCUGGCAUGUGAUGCUUUUGGCAUGCUUCCACCAGUUAGCAAACUUACUUUACCGCAAACAAUGUAUCACUUCAUUAGCGGUUACACUGCUCUGUUUAUGAGAGAAAUUAUUGAAGGAAAUGCUACCGGUGAGAAGGAUUCACUUAGCUCAAUGUUCAUGAAAACAAUUUAG